UUGAAAAUACAAUUGUUUAGAAUAUUUAGUUUUUGUUGCAAAGUUUGAAUAAUUCUUAAUAGAAAAAAUAAGGCUAUUGUGUCUGUUUAUAAUGGGUGGAUUGAAUAUAGUCCAACACACAUAUUAUUCAACUUAUGUUUAAAAUUGAGAAAGUUGUUACACCAAGAAAUUAUGUCGCAUUUACUGGACUUUAAAAAGAUUUGCAGAGCUUGUUUGUCUGAUGCAGGACCUUUGAAAGACCUAUUUACGGUUUGCUCAGCUGGAGUUUUUAAAUACUGCACUUCGGUAGAGGUUUCAGAUAGUGAUCAGCUCCCAAAACUGAUAUGUCAAACUUGUCUGGAGCUGCUAAACAAGCUAUAUUAUUUUAAACAAGUGGUUGUGAGGUCAAAUGUUAUAUUAAAACAACAGUGUAGAUUGCAGACAAAAAAUGAUGUAACCACAAAUGAAAAUGGCGAAAUUGUAGAAAUCAACAUAACAGAAGUAAGUGAAGAAUUAAAAGAGCAGGAACAUAAUACAUUCCAAGAUAUCACUCCUGUGGACCAACCAGAGCGGCCCUCAGAUGCUACCCUUAUUAGUCAGAUCCUGUCAAGGCGAAGGCGGAGGGGUCCAGGCAGACCCCCCAAGGACCCCGAUGGACCGAAGCGGAAAGGGGAGAGGAUGAAGUGCGUGAAAUGUGGCAAGAGCUUCCAGAAGUAUGAGAACUUUGAAGCCCACAUGAGAGGACACUUUGGGAAGAAACCGGACAUAAAGUGCAAGCACUGCGACAAGACGUUCCUCUCUCUGCGCAGCCUGAGCAGCCACGUCCGUAUACACUCAGCGGUACGCAAAUACCAAUGCCAGGCGUGCGGGAAGAGCUUCGCAUACCUCAACGUGCUGAAGACCCACGAGCUCAUACAUGCGGGGGUGAAACGACACCAGUGCCAUCUGUGCGACGCCAAAUUCGUCCAAGCUUACAACCUCAAGAUGCAUUUGGAAACUCACAACAAUCAGAAGAACUACAGUUGCUCGCAGUGUGGCAAGAAAUUCGCUCAGCCUGGCAACCUCAAGAUACAUCUAAUAAGACACACAGGCAUCAAGAACUACGCGUGUACUAUGUGCGAAAUGAGGUUCUAUAUCAAGGCAGACUUAGUGAAACACAUGAGAUCUCACUCCGCCGAAAAACCAUUCUCAUGUCAGCUCUGCGACAAAACUUUUAAGAGUAGAAGUUUUCAGGCCAUACAUAUGCGAACUCAUACAGGCGAACGUCCCUACGCCUGCGACUUGUGCCCAAAAAAGUUCAUGGCCCGCAAGGACCUACGGAACCACCGGAUGAUCCACACGGGGGAAAAACCACACAAGUGUCACGUGUGCGGCCAGGCGUUCAUACAGAAGUGCGCCCUCAACCGACACAUGAAGGGGCACGCUGCCCCCGCGCCGGUGCCCCCGCCGCAGCUUGAUCCGCCCCUGCCGUUGCACUACUGGCCGGGGCACACGCUGUAGAUUACUGAGUUAGAUUGUCGUGUCACGACAUGUGUAUAUUAUGUAAUAUUAUGUAUAUUGUAUAUAGAUGCUACACA